UUCCUUUCAAGCUCGGCGUCUCCGAUACAACCCAUAGCCGUUCGCCUCGACAUCCGCUCCUCCUCCUCCGCCUCUACCCCGCCCGCUCCACUACAUCACCAAGCGCAGGCAGGCCCCCACAGCGACGGCGCCAUGGAGAGGCGACGGAGAAGCGUCCCCUUACUAGUGGCGGCGGUGUUCUUGGCGGUGGCCGCAAUGCCGGCGUACCCCGGCGAGGCCGCGACGCCGCUGCGGGAGGACUACUACAGGUACAGCUGCCCGAACCUGGAGAGCAUCGUGCGGGCGGAGGUGGCCAGGAAGAUCAACGAGACGGUGGUCACCAUCCCGGCGACGCUCCGGCAAGUCUUCCACGACUGCAUGGCUGGGGGUUGUGACGCCGCCGUGCUGAUAGCGUCCAAGAAAAACGAUGCCCAGAAGGACGCCGACGACAACGAGUCCCUCGCCGGCGAUGGCUUCGACACGGUCAACCGGGUCAAGACCGCCGUCGAGAAGGAGUGCCCCGGCAAGGUCUCCUGCGCCGACAUCAUGCAUCUUGCCGCCAGAGACGUCGUCUUCCUGGCCAAAGGCCCCUACUGGCACGUCGAGCUCGGCCGCCGCGACGGCCUCGUCUCCAGGAAGAGCGACGUCGCCGGCAAGCUGCCCGACCCGGACAUGCACGUCAAGGAUCUCUCGUCGAUGUUCGAGAGCAAAGGCUUCUCCCCGGUCGACCUGGUCGCGCUCUCGGGCGCGCACACCGUCGGCUUCUCGCACUGCACCCGCUUCCUCAACCGGCUCUACGGGUACAGCAGCAGCGCGCCGACGGACCCCUCCUUCAACCCCGAAUACGCGGAUCAGCUCAAGCAGGCGUGCCCGCGCAACGUCGGCGAGACCAUCGCCGUCAACAUGGACCCCGUGAGCCCCAUCACCUUUGACAACAAGUACUACUCCAACCUCCAGUACGGACUGGGGCUCUUCACAUCCGACCAGGUGCUCUACACCGAUGACUCGACCAAGCCGAUCGUGAACAAGUUCGCUGCGGACCAGAAGGCGUUCUUUGACGCCUUUGGCCUUGCCAUGGUCAAGCUCGGGAGGUUAGGGGUGAAGACCGGAACUGAUGGAGAGAUCAGAAGAGUCUGCACCGCCUUCAACCACUACUAGAGCCUAGAGGGCCUGCAAGUAGCAAUUGUAAUUCAGAUUUUUCUGAUGCCGUUUGGAGUUGAGAUACAUAUACUGAGAUUGAUUCUUUUUUGCAUACAGUUGCCCAAAGUUUGAAAGUGUUCUUUCUUUUUUUUGCUUUUUCUUUUAAAAAACUUUUUGUGCUUAUUAUUUUUGGGUGCAUUUUUGUACAGACUGAAGAGUGUAAUGCCAUGAACAACUUGAGGAUUCUUACUUGAAAAAGGUUAAUCUGAUGAUAGGGCUAAUAAGGGAAAGAUAUUUUGGCCUGUGACCCAGUUUAUACAA